AUGAAAUUAUUUGUGGUUGCAUGUUUUCUAGCAGGUUGCGUGGCCGCUCCCAACGGCUAUAACUACCAACCACCAGCGCCGCUGCAAACACCGAGUCAAGUUUAUUUGCCACAAGUCUUCGAGGCUACCUCACAGGUGCCUGCUAGUGCGAAUAUAAUACAGCAACAAUCAUCCGAAAAACAUUACGCACCAGCACAAGAAGCGGUCUAUAACAAAGAAUUCUUCUCUUUUUCCGCACCUGAGGAAGAUUUUCAGGAAUUUCAAGAAGCUCAAAAGGUCGCCGGGACACUUAGGAAGAAUAUGCGAGUUAUUUUUAUCAAAUCGCCAGAAAAUCGUGGUAUUGAGCAUGCGGCAAUUUCACUUGCCAAGCAGGCGCAAGACCAGCAAACUGCUAUUUUUGUGCUACAGAAACAGCACGAUUUGAGUGAGCUUGCAAAUAAACUGAAUGCUGUGCAAUAUCACCGUUCCCACAAACCAGAAGUACACUUUGUAAAAUAUCGGACACCUGAGGAUGCAUGGAACGCUCAACGAGCAAUACAGGCUCAGUUUGACAGCAUUCAAGGCACUACGCACAACACUUUUGGUGGUAUUGCACCAGUGUUGAGUUUUGACUCACAAUCGCAGGUCACCGUACAAGCACAGCCGCAGUCACAACUUCAGCGGCAUGAGAUUUAUGGGGUGCCUACCAACAAUGCUCUUACGAUUGGAAGCAAUGAUGGCUACACUACAGGCGGCUAUUCGAUCGAAUCGAAAUUAUUCGGUGGCUACACUAACAAUGCUCCACAAUUCGGAGAUAACAUCUUUGCUCACAUAAAUGGGCAAUUGGCUGCAUCUUCAGUUAACAAUUUAAUUUACUCGAACGAAGCGACACCAAGCAAUAGUUACGAGUAUUUGCCAGCGCUAAAAGCGCUGCAUUGA